AUAUUGAAAAACUUGCCAUUGUAGCUAGCUGCACGCAACUGCUCGCGGUAGCUGAAGACGGACAAGGGGAGACCGAAAUGGCAGGGCGCGGGAAAAGAAAACCAAAAUCUGAAUCUCGGAGUACGGAAUCAGCCAAUGGGGAGUCGAAGAAAUCGCGCUUGGGGCAGAAGGAGCAUGAUUCAGCUUCACCUGUUUGUGAGGUACCAGCGGAGGUGAAGGAGGAGGUGGAGCGGUUGUACAAGCUCCGAAUGCCAGACGAAUUUUAUCACUUCUGGGACUUUUGCAAGCGGCUGUCGCCAGAUAGUCCACGAGAUGCUCUCAUGGAAACCCUGGGACUGCAGCUUGUUGGACCUUUUGACAUUCUUUCGGAAAGACACAAGGCCUCUGCAAACUCUCAGCCCAACUACUACCUGCACUGCAGGCACUUCUAUGACCCACCUGAGCUGCAGACCAUUCUUCAAGGAAGUGCUGAAACUCAGUACCACAUGGGAUACUUCAGAGAUUCUCCUGAUGCCCUUCCAGUUUUUGUUGGAGAAAAUGAGGCCAAGAAGGGCUGCACCAUUACACAGAUGGGAGACAAUCUCUUCGGAGCUGUUCUACUAUUCUUGGCGAAGAAGAUGAAGGGACGGGAUGGGAAGAAGGAUGAUGAUGCUCUGAAGAGCCUGCAGGAGGAGCUGAGGCAGGCGGCAGAGUCCCUGGACCUCCCCCUGGACCAGAAAACCAAAGGCAUGAAGCUAAGAGACAAGAAGGUGGUCACAAAGACAUUCCAUGGAGCAGGCAUCGUGGUCCCCGUGGAUAAGAAUGAUGUUGGAUACAGGGAGUUACCAGAGACAGAUGCUGGUCUCAAGAGGAUAUGCAAGGCCAUAGCCGAGGCCAAAAAUGACGAAGAGAGGAUGAAGGCUUUUGCCCCCAUUCAAGAGAUGAUCACUUUUGUCCAGUUUGCUAAUGAUGAAUGUGAUUACGGCAUGGGCUACGAGUUGGGCAUUGACCUCUUCUGCUAUGGUUCUCAUUACUUUUACAAAGUUAUACGUCAGCUGUUACCCAUGGCCUACAACCUUCUGAAGAGGGGCCUGUUUGGCGAGAUCCUGGAAGCCCACCUUACUAACCGUUCCCAUGACAACUUGGACCAGCUCACGCCUGCGUGAAAGAAGUCGGCCAUCCUAAAGGAAGCCAAAUGAAUGGAAAGAACAGGAUUGGGGUUUUUAUAAGCUGCUGCUGCUGCUAAGCAUUUGUCUGUACGUUGUUUGUUUUGUGGUGGUCUUUUUAAUGUUCAAAGGUGGAUCUGUAAUAAAAUGUUUAUUUUUAA